AUUUUGAACCGAAAGCAGCACCCCGAUGCAUCCAAGCGCCGGGAAUGGAGGCGGAAUACCGUGCCAAGAGCGCGGGGUCGGUCGGCGUCCACCGCUGCCAGCGUCGGGUAAGGUUCAGGCAGGAGAUAAGAAGGAUGCCUUUGUGAGGGGCGAGGGCCCGAAGGGAACCACAAGAAACACGGCAGCCGACCGGACGUGUCUUCGGCCACAACAAAGAUGGCGACCGACCGGAAGUGGCUGCGGCCACAACAAAGAUGGCCGCAAGAAAGGGCGGGAAAUGAAGGACCAAGGUCCGUGUUUGGGCUGCCUGCCCGCGCCCCGAGCCGUUCUCCGCGGCAUUGCCAGGCGUGCGGACACGGGCCGUGCGCCCAGCGGCACCGCGGGCACGCCGGAGCCCGGCGGGCGCCGGCAGGCAGCUGCGGCACGCCUCUCUCUGCCGGGCUCCGCCUCAGGAACGACCCUUCCCGUCUCCAGUCUGUGUUCCCUCCCGGCUCCCCUCCCGCCCGGGGAAACGGAGGAAAACACAAAUAACAUCGAGGAAGAAAGAACAGCCUGCAGAGCUGCCCGAGCCAUCGCCCUGCCCGCAGCCGGGAGCAGCCAGCAGGAGGAGGCAGCUGCUUUCUCAGCCAGAAAGAGAUUCAGCUGUGGGGAAGCUGCAGAGAAGGCUGCCUGGCACAGCCCCCCAGAAUGGGCCUCCCCCGACUGGGCUCCCGCAGAGGAUGGGGCAGUUGCAGCCCCCUGUCAUUCCUGUGAGAUUUGGGACUGUCUCCAUGCAGGAAGCAGCACAGGGGACUGGCCGAAGGGCUCGGGCUGGGACACGGCCCCAACAGGAGCAGCCCUGGCACACUGACACGGGAGGAUGAGCCCAGGUGUUUCCCAGUCCAGCUUGCUGAACCUCCAGCUCUGACUGUUCUUCCUUCCAGCUCUGGCUCUGAGAUGCUGCACUUGAUGGCUGCUCCAGUUCCUUCCAGCUCUGGGUUGGUUUUUUCAAGCGCCACUACAAGGAGAUGCUGGAGGGCACCAAGACCCCCGGGGUGCCCCAGGACUGAGUGAGAGGAGCCCAAAAAUUUUGGGCACCCCAUCCCCCCAAAAUAUUAAAUUCACAUGGAAGCUUCCCCUGUAUUUGUGUGGAGUUUUUUGAAAUUAUUUUGGAAUUUUUUAGGGGGGGUUUUGGGAAACUGGGGAGGAGGAAACACUAAAAAAUAAAAAAAUAAAUUUAAAAAGGAUU